GGAGGAGGCUGGGGAAGCGCCGGGAUUGUGCUCGCGCGCGCGCCCCCGCGAACCCCUGGCGGGAGGAGAGGCGAGCCCAGGGCCGGAGCCCCGAGCCCCGGAGCCCGCCGAACCCGGAGCCGUCACCCCGGGGUGGGGACGGAGCCGAGGGACUGCACGCGGCGGCGGCAUUCGGAGCGAGGGAGCGGCGCCCGACGAGGCGAGCAGGUGGUGAACGAUGGCUGUGUGGAUCCAAGCACAGCAGCUUCAGGGAGAUGCCCUCCACCAGAUGCAAGCAUUAUAUGGUCAGCACUUUCCUAUUGAGGUGCGGCAUUACUUAUCCCAGUGGAUUGAGAGCCAAGCUUGGGACUCAAUAGAUCUUGAUAAUCCACAGGAGAACAUUAAAGCUACUCAGCUCCUGGAGGGUCUGAUCCAGGAGCUGCAGAAGAAGGCUGAGCACCAAGUAGGGGAAGAUGGGUUUUUACUGAAGAUCAAGCUAGGGCAUUAUGCAACUCAGCUUCAGAGCACUUAUGACCGCUGCCCCAUGGAGUUGGUCCGAUGCAUCAGGCACAUACUAUACAAUGAACAGAGGCUGGUCCGAGAAGCUACCAACUGUAGUUCUCCAGCUGGGAACCUGGCUGAUGCUAUGUCCCAGAAACACCUGCAGAUCAACCAGACAUUUGAGGAGCUGCGACUGGUCACUCAGGACACAGAGAAUGAGCUGAAGAAGCUGCAGCAGACUCAGGAGUAUUUCAUCAUCCAGUAUCAGGAGAGCCUCAGAAACCAGGCUCAGUUUUCCCAGCUGUCCCAGUUGAGUCCCCAGGAACGCUUGACAAGGGAAACAGCACUUCAACAGAAGCAGGUGUCCCUGGAGGCCUGGCUGCAGCGUGAGGCCCAGACUCUCCAACAGUACCGAGUGGAGCUGUCUGAGAAACACCAGAAGACCCUCCAGCUGCUCAGGAAGCAGCAAACUGUCAUUCUGGAUGAUGAGCUGAUCCAGUGGAAGAGGAGGCAGCAGCUGGCUGGGAAUGGAGGGCCCCCAGAGGGCAGCCUGGAUGUCCUGCAAUCUUGGUGUGAGAAGUUGGCAGAGAUCAUCUGGCAGAACCGGCAGCAGAUCAGGAGGGCUGAGCAUCUUUGUCAGCAGUUGCCCAUCCCUGGACCUGUGGAGGAGAUGCUGACUGAGCUCAAUGCCACCAUCACAGAUAUCAUCUCUGCACUGGUGACCAGCACCUUCAUCAUUGAGAAGCAGCCCCCUCAGGUCCUGAAGACACAGACCAAGUUUGCAGCUACAGUGCGUCUCCUGGUGGGUGGGAAGUUGAAUGUGCACAUGAACCCUCCUCAAGUGAAGGCCACCAUCAUCAGUGAGCAGCAGGCCAAGUCUUUGCUGAAGAACGAGAACACUCGAAAUGAUUACAGUGGCGAGAUAUUAAACAAUUGCUGUGUGAUGGAGUAUCACCAGGCAACUGGCACUCUCAGCGCACACUUCAGGAAUAUGUCCCUAAAACGUAUUAAGAGGUCUGACCGUCGUGGUGCGGAAUCAGUGACAGAAGAGAAAUUUACAAUCCUGUUUGAAUCGCAGUUCAGCGUUGGUGGGAAUGAGCUGGUUUUUCAGGUCAAGACUCUCUCUCUCCCGGUGGUGGUGAUCGUUCAUGGUAGCCAAGAUAACAAUGCUACAGCCACUGUUCUCUGGGACAAUGCUUUUGCCGAACCUGGCCGGGUACCAUUUGCUGUGCCUGACAAAGUUCUAUGGCCCCAGCUGUGUGAGGCUCUCAACAUGAAGUUCAAGGCAGAAGUCCAGAGCAACCGGGGCCUGACAAAGGAGAACUUGGUGUUCCUGGCACAGAAGCUGUUCAACAGCAGCAGCAACAACAUGGAGGACUACAACAGCAUGGCCAUCUCUUGGUCCCAGUUCAACAGGGAGAACUUACCUGGACGGAAUUACACCUUCUGGCAGUGGUUUGAUGGAGUGAUGGAAGUGUUAAAAAAACAUCUCAAACCUCAUUGGAAUGAUGGGGCCAUCUUGGGUUUUGUGAACAAGCAGCAGGCCCAUGACCUGCUCAUCAACAAACCAGAUGGGACCUUCCUGCUGCGCUUCAGUGACUCUGAAAUUGGGGGCAUCACCAUUGCCUGGAAGUUUGACUCCCAGGAGAGGAUGUUUUGGAAUCUGAUGCCUUUUACCACCCGAGACUUCUCUAUCCGGUCCCUGGCUGACCGCUUGGGAGAUCUGAAUUACCUUAUCUAUGUGUUUCCUGAUCGGCCAAAAGAUGAAGUAUACUCCAAGUAUUACACACCAGUUAUGUGCGAGUCUGCCACUGCUAAAGCUGUGGAUGGAUAUGUGAAACCACAGAUCAAGCAGGUGGUUCCCGAGUUUGUCAGUGCAUCUGCAGAUUCUUCAGGGGGCAGUGCCACAUACAUGGAUCAGGCCCCAUCCCCAGCCGUGUGCUCCCAGUCUCAUUAUAACAUGUAUCCCCAGAACCCUGACUCUGUCCUUGACCCAGAUGGGGAUUUUGACCUGGACGACACUAUGGAUGUAGCAAGACAUGUUGAAGAACUCUUACGCCGACCAAUGGACAGUCAUCAGUGGAUUCCCCAUGCCCAGUCGUGACGCCUGACCCCUCCACCCCAUAACUCUUCAUCCCCUGCCGGAGGAUCGCUCUUGUGGAUGUUUAAUUCCAUGAAUCGCUUCUCUUUGGAAAUAAUACUCAUAAUGUGAAGUGUUAAUACUAGUUGUGAUUUUAGUAUUUCUGUGCAUGGUGAUGCUAGUGGGGUGGGUGUGAGUGUGUGUGAGUGUGUGUAUGUGUAUUCAAGUGAGGUAUUUGUUCUCCCCCUUCCCUCCUUUCUGUCCAGGAUUUGGCUGCCUUGUCAGGACCUUAGGGACUAUGGCCAAUUUCUCCUUACUGAAAGGCUGAGCUUUGGCUUUGGGAGGGUGGGGGUGGGUAGGGGUGGAAGGGAGGUUGCACCUCCUAAUCAAUGACUUAUUUCGCUAUUUCAGCCAAAUAUUACAGUAAAAAAAAAAUUUAACAGUUGUUGCCUUUAACCAUCCUCUGAAAUUUUGAUCACUGCCUUUUAACAGAAAAAGCUAGGUUUUCUUUCUUUGUUUUUUUCUAGGUAGGGUUGGGAAAUUAUGAUGAUUUGAAAAGAUAGCUGGAGUGAGGGAAAAAGUUGUGGGUUUUCUGUUUGGGGGCUGAUCUCUUUAAAAUGCCACUUAGCGCAUAUAAGUUCACCGUUUUGUGUAGAUUUGCUCCUUGGUGGGAAUAUUUAGGGAUGAGUCUGUCUGAAAUGGGUCAAAGAAAGACUAGCCAUAUCUGUACAUGCUUGUACUAUUGAUCUCUUGUGCAUUUGGGCUCUAGUGGAAUACUAGAUAUUCAUUUCCCAGGGUUAAAAACAAUAAUUUGUUACCUGGGGUAACCCACCAUUUGGAUCUGAUCAUUCAAAGACUUUCCCUUCCCUGCUCAUUCUCUGGACUGUUGGAUACUAAAAUGUGAGGGUUUGGGGUUUUUGUGUUGUUUU